AAUAGCAAACUAAGAAAAUGUCUGGACGUGGAAAAGGUACCGGAAAAGCCAGAGCAAAGGCAAAGACUCGCUCCUCCCGUGCUGGACUCCAGUUCCCAGUCGGUCGUGUUCACAGGCUGCUGCGUAAAGGAAACUAUGCCCAGCGUGUUGGUGCCGGAGCCCCCGUCUACCUGGCGGCUGUGCUCGAGUACCUGACCGCUGAGAUCCUGGAGUUGGCCGGUAACGCUGCCCGUGACAACAAGAAGACCCGUAUCAUCCCCCGCCACCUGCAGCUGGCUGUCCGCAACGACGAGGAGCUGAACAAGCUGCUCGGAGGAGUCACCAUCGCUCAGGGAGGAGUGCUGCCCAACAUCCAGGCUGUUCUCUUGCCCAAGAAGACCGAGAAGGCCGCCAAGAAGUAAAGAAACAGACUGUAUCCAAAAUUAAAACAACGGCCCUUUUAAGGGCCAAACACAAUUCUUUUAAAGGAGUUAUCCCUUGUUCCGCAAUCAU